CCGGAAGCGCUCCCGAGCCCACGCGCGCGCUCUCGCGUUUCCAGGCGACCGGGAGCCUCCCCAACUCUGGGCCCUGCCGCGCGCUGGCGCUCGUUCCCGGUUUUCCGGGCCGGGAGAGCUCGGAAGCGGCUGCGCGCACGCUGCCCAGCCCGGUCCCCGCCCCCAGGCGCGCGGGGUUCCGGGGCAAUACAGCCAUGUGCUCGUUAGCGUCGGGCGCUGCGGGCGGCCGGGGUGCUAUGGAGGACGAAGACGACCUGCCAGAGCUAUCCGACAGCGGUGACGAGGCCGCCUGGGAGGAUGAGGACGAUGCCGAUCUCCCCCACGACAAGCAGCAGACCCCCUGUCUGUUCUGUGACAGGUUAUUUACAUCUGCUGAAGAAACAUUUUCACAUUGUAAGUCUGAGCAUCAAUUUAAUAUUGAUAACAUGGUCCAUAAACAUGGACUGGAAUUUUAUGGCUACAUUAAAUUAAUAAAUUUUAUUAGACUUAAGAAUCCUACAGUUGAGUAUAUGAAUUCCAUAUACAACCCAGUGCCUUGGGAGAAAGAAGAGUAUUUGAAGCCAGUAUUAGAAGAUGACCUAUUACUUCAAUUUGAUGUAGAAGAUCUUUAUGAACCGGUGUCACUCCCAUUCUCAUACCCCAAUGGACUCAGUGAAAAUACAUCUGUUGUUGAAAAAUUGAAACAUAUGGAAGCCAGAGCACUGUCUGCUGAAGCUGCAUUAGCUAGAGCACGUGAGGAUCUGCAAAGAAUGAAACAAUUUGCUCAGGAUUUUGUGAUGAACGCAGAUGUCAGAACCUGCUCGUCAUCUACUACUGCCAUUGCAGACCUCCAGGAAGAUGAGGAUGGUGUUUAUUUCAGCUCAUACGGGCAUUAUGGGAUACAUGAAGAAAUGCUAAAGGACAAAGUGCGAACAGAAAGUUACCGAGAUUUUAUAUACCAAAAUCCACAUCUCUUCAAAGACAAGGUAGUUUUGGAUGUUGGUUGUGGAACUGGAAUUCUCUCUAUGUUUGCAGCUAAAGCUGGGGCAAAGAAGGUUCUUGGAGUUGAUCAAUCUGAAAUACUUUACCAGGCAAUGGAUAUCAUAAGACUAAAUAAACUUGAAGAUACUGUUAUACUAAUUAAAGGAAAGAUUGAAGAAGUUUGCCUUCCUGUAGAAAAAGUGGAUGUUAUUAUAUCUGAGUGGAUGGGCUAUUUUCUUCUUUUUGAGUCUAUGUUAGAUUCUGUCCUUUAUGCAAAGAACAAAUACUUGGCAAAAGGAGGAUCGGUGUACCCUGAUAUUUGCACUAUUAGCCUUGUGGCAGUAAGUGAUAUGAAUAAACAUGCUGAUAGAAUUGCUUUCUGGGAUAAUGUUUAUGGCUUCAACAUGUCCUGUAUGAAGAAAGCAGUUAUUCCAGAAGCUGUUGUGGAAGUUUUAGAUCCAAUGACUAUUAUUUCCGAUGCUUGUAGUAUUAAGCAAAUAGAUUGCCAUACAACCUCUGUCUCAGCUUUGGAGUUUUCUUCGGAUUUUACCCUGAAAAUUACAAAGACAUCCAUGUGCACGGCAAUUGCUGGCUACUUCGAUAUAUAUUUUGAGAAGAAUUGUCACAGGAGGGUUGUGUUCUCCACGGGCCCCCAGAGUGCCAAAACACACUGGAAACAAACAGUAUUUCUACUGGAAAAGCCAUUUUCAGUGAAAGCAGGUGAAGCCUUGAAAGGAAAGAUCACAGUCCACAAGAAUAAGAAAGAUCCACGUUCUCUCAUUGUGACCCUCACAUUGAAUAAUUCAACUCAAACUUACGGUCUCCAGUGAAAAGCCCACAAAAGCACAACUAACUUGCGGUUUUUAUUAUGGAGGGUGGGACAUGGGUAGGGGGUGGAGAGAGGGGCUUUGUGUGAGCAUGUGGAUGAUCCUUCCCUAAUGAUUCUCCUCAGUACCAGAAACACAUGGUAGGAAUCUAAUAUAAUUCAGCUGAGGGGAACCAACUGAUCCUAGUGGACUGCCUACAUAAUCACAGUCUUAGGAGUCUGGUCAGCAAGAUUUUACUAGAUAUAACCCCUACAUUGAGUUUAGCUGCAUUGAAGAUCAUUUAAAUAGGCCAAAAUUUGGAACAGAGAUAUUCUUUUGUUGUUUUUAAUGUUUCUUACUAUAAAUUUUAAACACUAGUAACUGAUUAUUUGGAUAAUGUUUUAUUAAACUAGUAACUGUACACAAGCUAUUAUACAUUUUAUUGCAGAUUUCUGCUCUGAGGAGUAGUUUUUAAUUGUAUUAUUUAAAAGAAUAUCAGCAAGUGGAACAGACCAAAAUAUGGAAAAGAGCGUCACACAAAUCACAUUUAAAGGACAGCUUAGUUGAUUAUCCUCUAGUUCUGAACUUCUCAUUUUGUAGCUGCUUUCCUCUUUGCAAACACACAGUUUUCUAGUGCUGCCCAGGAAGUCUAAUUUCAGUACAUUUAUCCUAGGUUUCAUGUAUGUUUUCAAAGGUUGGGAAGAAUAAGUACUUAUUUACUAAUAUAUCUUUUUCAAACUAGAUUUAUGUGCAAAGUUAAACAUGUAACUGUUAAUAUACUUCUGUCACUCUGUACAACUGUGUCACUUACAGCUAUUUACACAGUUUGAAGUGCAGAGUAGAAAACAUUCAAUAGAGUGUAUACAAUAACCGCUAGCAUUAUAAAAUGAUAUUUUAACAUACUAAAGCCUUUUAUACAAUCAUAAACAUUUAAAACAAGUCUUAAAGGAAUCAUCCUUAAGAAAACAGGGAUUUAAGGACAGUUGGGUCACAGUUUCUUUUCAGUUCAAAAGCUGGUUCUUUUUCAAAAUAAGGCACACACAAGGCAGCAUAGCAUAGUGUUGAGAAUCAUGAGCUCUGGAGUCAGUGCCUAGGUUCAAGCUUUGGUGCCCGCUCUUACUUGCUGUGUAAUCUCAGUCAUGUUCCUAACCUCUCUCCCCCACUAUAACGUGCCAGUUCAUGAGUUAAUACAUUUCAACUACUUUGAUCAGUGUGUGGCACACAGAAGACAGUAAAUGCUGGGUGGUAGUAUCAUAACUAUGCAGUCAAGGAUCCCUUCCGUGGAAUAUGUGGUGUCUACAUUAGAUUAGGAACUGUCACUUCAAUGCUACCCUUAAGUACAUGAAUGCAUGGGAAGAUUUCAGCAAAACUUAAUGUUUAAUAUAGCAAAAACUAUCAAAAAGUUGUCUUUUGGUGUUUAUUAGAGAAUUGGAGUUCUAGCAAUGGGAGAAUUAACACCUUCAGAUGAUGUAUUUCAGACCAUACAUAGUCUCUUAAGUCUUGCUUCUUACAUAAGCAUGAUUUCUGUUUUCACUGGGUUAAACAAGCCAGCUUGUUUUCACCAUUUGAAUUCAGAACAUUACUGGAAAUGUGUGGUGCUAAUAGUAUAGUUCAAAGUACUUCAAAUUUUGUCUGGAAUGGCCUCAUGUAGAAAUUUGAGUGUGUUGGGGUGAUAAAAGUAAGGAAGCCCCCACAAGAUUUAAUGGAUGUUUAAAGUAACCAAAAACCAUCUAUUUUUUUUUUUGCUUUGUUUUUCUUUCUUGUAAGUGAAUAACCAUUUUUUUUUAAGUAUUUCUUAACAAUGAUUUUUUUUUUCAAAACUCUUGUUUGUUUUACAUGGGAUUUUCAUCCAGUGGCUCUCUUCAGUUUCUCCCGGUUAUAAAUAGCCCAACCACAGUUGGUAGUUCUCUGUUCUUUUCAGUUUCCAUUUUCAGGGUAGAACAUUUUAAUGUAUGUAGCUAAACAUUUUAUGAGAAUACGAGAGUCCAAAUAUUAGCUCUUUGAUUGGAAUUUCAGCUGUCAAACUACUUUGAAAAAUAAGUACUUCAUAUUCUUUAACAAUGAUAAAUACAGUGUUCUUUCAUGCUGUGGCAGCUGCACAUUUAUGAAUAGCAAACUACUUUGUUGCAAAGAUUUUAUUUCAAUUAAGAAGAUACAUUUUUCCUCCUAUUUUUCAUUGUGAAAAUUAACAUUGUUAUGUUGUAAUGUGUGGGGUUCAUCCAAAUAUAAUCAUCAUCUCUAUUCAGUGGAACAGUAUUUUCUGAACAAGCAUUUGGAAGGACCGUUUCAACAAAACAACUCUUGAGGGCGUACAGCAUUGCACAAAGUGGUCCAAGAAGUAGCCCCAACUGCAAAGAACACACUUUAAAAUAAAUUAGGGAGCUGUCAUUUCACUUUGAAAUAAUCCCUGUUUGAAGGGAAGGGCAAGUAAUUCUGGUCCUACAGAGUUAAUUGCUUUCUUACCACUUAAUCUGGAUUAACCUCUACCUUUCUCACUUUUUAAAAUGAAAUAUCUAAAACGUAUUGUGUGAAGUAAAGGACUUGAGAUCAGCCCAUACUGAUCUCACCAAUCAUACUAUCAAGUGAAGCAAGUAUGCUAACAGUACUGCUAACAAUAUUCAAUAGGAGAGAUUAAAACAGUAUGAUACGGAUGAUACAUUACUUAGCUCCUGCCAGCCAUGCCAGAAAUGAUCACUUAGGCUACUGGGCUGUAGCACACACCCAAAACAGCUAGGGAUUCAGAUUUUUCUGUGGAGAAUAUCCCCAAAACAUAUUAAGCAUGCAAUACUGUCAUGGAGUUUGAAUCUAUGAUGAAAGGCAAGGUCAGUGAGAUAGCUGAGGUCAAGCAUUGCCUGCCGUAGGGUUAGCAAACUAUAGCCUGGGGCCAAAUCCACCCCAUUGCCCAGUUUGAUAAAGUUUUAUUGGAGCAGAGAUAGCUAAUACUGAAGGCAGAAUAUUUCUUCACAAGAUUCAUUAAUGGCCAUGGCAGAGAAUAUACACCCAAUAGAGCACAUUACAAAGACUACUAGAUGUACUUCAUUUAUGAGACUUACAGGACUAACCAAGACUUACCCUAAUUAAAAAAAAGAAAAAAAUGUGUGUGUGUGUGUGUGUGUGUGUGUGUGUAUUUACAUACUUGAGACUGGUGUCUGGAAUUGUAACAGUUGUAAUUGUGCAAAGGGAAUCCAUACACUAAAACUUUAUAGCUGAUAAUCAAUUUUAUUUAGAAAAUUUUAAUAAGACCAGAAGAGGGUACAGAAGAACUUUUCAAAGUUAGAGAUGGAUGAACCCCGCCCACAGCUACAAACUCAACUAAUAAAGAAGGACUUUUAUGAAUCUCACUAACCUCUGGGUUUUUAAGAGGGCUCUGGAUCCAAAACCAGCUGCCGACAUUAGGAGAGACAGUUGGGAAAAUUGCUUUAUAUCAGCACUUUUCAACAUGCCUUGGCGUCUUCCUUGCUGGGUUCUCACCGUAGAAUGUGGUGUUCCUAGUUCCCAUGCACUAGGCCCCGUGGGAAGGUGUGUAAAGUCCCUGCCCACCUAUCAAAUGAGACCAUGUUGCCUUGGAGGUACAUGUAUUUUUAAUGAUUUUGUGUUUCUUUCCUUGCUAUAAAGUUAGGGUGAACUUUUCCAAGCAGAAUGAUGAAUGAGCAAAGUACUUUAAGUGUCUUAGCAAUUCACUUGUCCUUUCCAAUAAAGUUUUGGGUGCAAAAAAA